CAGUUAAUAGCUGAUUUAAUAUUCCAAUAGGAAUUUCAACAAAAACAAUUGUUUAGUCUAUAAAAAUUUUCUCUUGUUUUUGUUGUAGACUAAAGUUCCCCGAGGAAAUGCUCAAUUAACAGUAACGACUAUCAAUUUAAACGCUGAAAUGGGUCAGGUAAAGAGCCAAUUUACAGACGAGGAGCUACAAGACUACGAGGACCUCACAUACUUCACCAAGAAAGAAAUUCUUUACGCGCACAAGAAGUUCAAGAGUCUUGCCCCGGAAAAAGUGGGUCACAAUAAAAAUGCCCGUCUAUCAAUGAAUAAAAUUCUCCAAUACCCGGAGCUACGCGUUAAUCCCUUUGGGGAUCGGAUCUGCAAAGUAUUCAGCUCAAACAACGUGGAAAUAUCGUUCGAAGACUUUCUCGACAUGAUGUCGGUAUUCUCCGAUGCAGCACCGAAGUCCGUGAAGGCCGAGCAUGCAUUUAGGAUUUUUGAUUUUGAUGGAGAUGAUAUGAUUGGAAAGAACGAUCUGAAGCAAGUCAUACAAAGAUUAACCGGAUACAAUAAUGCCCUAAGUGAUAGCGAUAUUGAUCAAUUAAUAACGAAUAUCUUGGAGGAAGCCGAUUUGGAUGAUGAUGGGGCCCUCUCAUUCGCCGAAUUCGAACAUAUUAUUGAUAAAUCUUCCGAUUUUACAAACUCUUUCCGCAUUAGACUGUGAACAAAAAACCGCCAGCUCAAAUAUAUUUCCCGAAAGCUAAAUUCUCGAAUAUGGAUAAAUUCUCAACAGAUAUUACAUAUGCAACAUAGAUUUGGACAUUUUAUAUCUUUUAUUCUGUAGAAUAAAUGCGCAUAGCAAAUGACGAA